UGUAAAUGAGUAGAAGAGGUGGAAAAUGGUUGAAAAAAAGAACAACCAAUAUGUGCGGAAGUAGAAAAAUUUUCUUAAAUUUUUUGUAAAAUUUUUAGUGUAUUUUUCAUAAAAUAAUUUAUGAAAAACUAAUAAACGUGAACAAAAUUUCGCAAUAAAACAUAUCAAAAUAUUGUAAGGGUUUAAAAAAGCACAAAUUAAAAGCAAAUAUCCGAAAAAUAUGUACGAAAUAAAAAAGGUGACAACGACAAGUGACCUUAAGUGAGAGAAGAAAAAUAAAGAAAUAAAAAUACAAUUUUGUGUUUCCAUCAGAAAAAGCAAGAAACGCAAAAGUGAAAAUAUAAAUAAAUAUUUUUGAAGAAAAUAUUAAAAAAAAUCAAGAUUAAACGCACAAAAAUAAAUAUAAAGUUGCGAGAGAAAAUAAAUAAAUUUGUUGUGUAAUUUGAUUUAAUUUUUAGUUUUUAUUUUUGGUGAAAUGGGUGGUUGUAUGGGACGUUAUAGUGGUGAUAAUGAAACUGUAAGUGUAUCAUCGGCCAGUGUGUCCAGACCGCCGACAGCGGGACCCCAAGUGGGACCAGCACGCAAAAAUCGUCCUUUGUGCCAUGAAACAAUACGCUGGCGUUCAGAUGUUCCAUUAACAGAGGGCCAAUUGCGUUCGAAACGUGAUGAGUUUUGGGAUACAGCACCUGCCUUCGAUGGCCGCAAAGAAAUCUGGGAUGCCUUGAGGGCAGCCACCACAGCGGCCGAGGCUUUAGACUUUCAAUUGGCUCAAGCAAUAUUGGAUGGUGCAAAUAUUUCAGUGCCGAAUGGUUACCUAACAGAGUGUUACGAUGAAUUGGGUACACAAUACAAAGUGCCCAUCUAUUGUCUCUCAUAUCCCAUAAAUAUUGUGAAAGAGGAAAAUGGUCGUGACUCACCUGCCGAAUUUUCAGAACCUGUUGAUGGGGGCACAGAAAUAUUCUUGAAACUGAGAAUAUCCUCCAUAAUGACAGAUGUCAAAUUACCGGUUUAUUCCAAAGAUACAGUGGGACAAUGUAAAAAGAAAUUACAGGCUAUGGAAGGUGUGGAUGCCUGCUGUCAAAGAUGGUUUUAUAGCGGUAAACUAUUGGGCGAUAAAGUGCCCAUUGAAGAGUGUAACAUACAAAAUGGUUACGUUGUCCAAGUCAUUGUAAAUACAGAGCAUUACAACCAUGACAAUAGCACAAGUAUUGCCAUUGCAAGCUAGCCAAUGUCAACCUUAAAUAACUAUCAACACCACAACAACUACUAUUCUUGCAACGAAAUUAAACAACAAAAUUACUACUGCAACAAUAGCAACCAGAUGAAUAUGAAUAAGAACUGCAAUUGCAUCAUUUUAAACAAUUUAAGUACUAUAAAUAAAGGAAAUUCUAAUUGUAAUUUUAAUUCUAUUAAUAAUUGUAACUACUUAAAACUAAAUUUACAUAAUUCUUGUCAACACAAAAAUUGUGUUUACUACCAAUACAAACGCUGUCACUAUGAACAAAUUUCGAAAGAAGCAUUUGCUAAAGCUGCUACUGGUAAAAGGAAUACCUUUAGCAGUUGCUGUAAACUUGUAAAAAUAUCAAUGAUAUUGUUGUUGUUUUUAAUUAUUUUACAUUUCGUUGCAAAUUUGUUGUUAAAUUAAAAAUUAUGAAGUGAAAAAAGUCAAAAAAAAAAACAAAUGAUUUUGUGUGUUUUUAUUUUCAUUUACGAUUUUCCCUGAAAAAAAAUUAUAUGCAUACAUAUAUUUAUAGCAAUAGCAAUUAAAUUUAGAACAGCGAAACAAACAAUUUAAACUGAAAUACUUUUUGUACAUUAUUAUUUUUUAAAAAAUUAAAUUAAAUAUAUUUUCUAUUAUAUAUUCUUCUUUUUUUUUAAUAAUUUUUCUAUAUUUAACUCUAAUAUAAAUAUAAAUAUUAUUUUUGUUGUUUAUAGCAGUUAGUUUAAUAUUAAAUUAAAUUCAAAUAAAAAAAACUAACAAAAAUUUAAAAAAAUAUGAAAAAAUUAAAAAAAAAAUUAUAGAAAAGAAAACAAAAUAUUAACUAAUUUUAAGUAAAUACAAGUUUAGUUUGAAAUUAAUUUAAUAACAACAAGCAACAAUUUUUUUUAAUUUAAAUUAAUAAAAAAUUUUUUUAUUUAACAAACAGAAACAACAACAAAACCACACACAUAAAACCCUUUAACACUAAGUUUAAAUGAAAAACAAUUUGAAAACCAUAAACAAACUACUCAUAAUUAAAAAUUAAAACAAAAAAAAGAAAAAUAAAAUAUAAAUAAAUACAAAUAGCAUUGUAUACUUUAUGCGUAACAUGUACACAGCCAUAUUUAAACAAAAAAUAAAAAAACGAGAAAAAAACAAAAAUAAAAUAAUAUAAAAAAACAAACAAACAAACCCAAAAAGCAAUUAAUUUAAAUACAAUAUAUAUUAAUUAAAUUAUUUAAAACAUUAAACAUCAAAAACAGCAGCAGCAACAACAUCAACAACAACAAAUCUGAUACCAACUAAUCGUUUGCAUUAAUAAAUUAUAAUAAAACAAAAACGAUAACGAAAACAACAAAAAUAUUAAAUUUAUACAUACAUUUUAGUUUGUAAACAAGUGCUCUCCCCCCUGAUCAAUUUCAAAUGCCUGCAUUCAUUCAUUUAUUCGAUCACCCUCUCUCUUGCUUAUGGUGGUGUGCAUUAACAAAUGCAUUGAAUGUUUGUUUGUAUUUGAAAUCGAGCUAAGAGUACUUUUGUGUAAAUCAAAAACAAAUAAAUAAAUUAAAAAAAAAAAACUUAAUAAAAUAUAAUAAAAAAAAUAUACCUACUACAAAAUAAUAAAAAUUAAUUUGCUAAUGUUAAUUAAAA